AUGGCGUUGCCUAUUCGUCGACUAGCUCCCGGACCUAACCCUUGGAAGGUCGUCUUUGUGCUCCAAGAAUUAGGAGUGCCGUAUGAACUAAAAACCAUAAAAUUCGCCGAUGUCAAAAAGAAGCCUCUAAUUGACGUUAACCCUAACGGCCGUGUUCCGGCGAUAGAGGACCCCAAUAACGGCUUGACGCUAUGGGAGUCUGGCGCUAUCAUUACCUACCUCAUCAAGCAAUAUGAUAUUGAACACAAGCUGAGCUAUACUACCUUUCCGGAAGUGCACCAUUUAGAUCAAUGGUUACACUUCCAAAUGAGUGGGCAAGGCCCUUACUGGGGCACCGCAGGAUGGUUCAGAAACAACCACUCCGAAAAGUUCCCAUCAGCUAUCGAGCGAUAUGCUAACCAGGUCACGCGUGUCCUUGGUGUCUUAGACGGCUGGCUCGAGGGUAAGCAGUGGCUCGUGGGUGACAAGAUGACCUACGCCGACAUGGCCUUUGUUCCAUGGAACGAAAGGGUGGACGCCGUCUUAGGACUACCUGCAUCAGAGAAGUUCAACGGGUUCUCUAACGUGAAAGCAUGGCACGAGCGUAUGACGUCACGAGACUCAUGGAAAGCUAUUAUGGAGGUGAGAGACAAGUUGAUGGACGAACAGGGUUUAAUGUGGAACGGCAUGCCGAAGGGCAUCAACAAUUUCCAAGAGUAUGAGGCCAAGAUCAAGGCGGACGAUUACAACCAACCCACACUAGCUGAGGGCAGCACUGAUUCAUCUAAAUAG